AUGCAGCCGCGGCCCGUCACGGCGGUGGCGGUGGCGGCGGGCGCCUCCGCGCCGUUCCCGCCGUCAUGGGCGCACCGGAUCCGCUCGGCGGCGUCGCAGGGGCACCACUUCCACGCCAUCGCCCUCUUCCUCCAGAUGCGCGCAUCGACCCCCGCGCCGCCCCGCUCCUCCGUCCCGGCCUCCCUCCCGGCCGCGCUCAAGUGCUGCACCGUGCUCGGCCUCCGCGCCCUCGGCGCCUCCCUCCACGCGCUCGCGCUCCGCUCCGGCGCCUUCGCCGAUUGCUUCACCGCCAACGCGCUCCUCAACCUCUACUGCAAGCUCCCGCCGCCGUCGUGUCCCUCCCCCGAGACGCAUGGCGCAGCAGGCCAAUCCGAAUCCGCUGCAUUUCACUGGGCGCGGAAGGUGUUUGACGAAAUGCCCGAGAAGGACGCGGUGUCCUGGAACACGCUGGUAAUGUGGUGCGCGGAGAACGGGAGGCACCAAGAGGCCCUGGGGUUGGUCAGGGAGAUGUGGGGAGAUGGGUGUAAGCCGGACUCGUUUACCUUGUCGAGCGUGCUGCCCAUCUUUGCCGAGCGCGCCGAUGUCAGGAGGGGGAUGGAAGUGCAUGGCUUUGCGACCAGGAACGGGUUUGCCGAUGAUGUGUUCGUCGGGAGCGGCUUGAUCAACAUGUACGCCAAUUGCACUCGGACGGAUUACUCAGUCAGGGUGUUUGACAAUCUUCCGGGCCGAGAUGCCAUUCUCUGGAACUCGAUGCUUGCAGGGUGUGCGCAGAAUGGGUCGGCUGAGGAGGCGCUUGAAAUAUUCCGUCGUAUGCUGCGUUCUGGGAUCAGACCUAUGCCCGUGACUUUCUCCAGCCUCAUACCUGUCUGUGGCAACCUGGCCUCGCUGCAUCUCGGGAAGCAGCUGCAUGCGUAUGUGAUAUUUGGUGGGUUAGACGGUAAUGUGUUCAUAACCAGCUCCUUGAUUGACAUGUACUGCAAAUGUGGAGACGUUAGCACUGCUCGUCACAUCUUUGACCGGAUUCAGUCACCUGACAUUGUAUCAUGGACUGUGAUGAUCAUGGGGCAUGCAUUACAUGGUCCAGCAAGAGAAGCUCUGGUGUUGUUUGACAGGAUGGAGUUGGGAAAUGUCAAGCCUAACGAUAUCACCUUCUUAGCAGUCUUGACUGCAUGCAGUCAUGCUGGAUUGGUGGACAAGGGUUGGAAGUACUUCAACAGUAUGUCAGACCAUUAUGGCAUUGUUCCUUCCCUUGAGCAUCACGCAACACUUGCAGACAUCCUUGGCUGUGCGGGGAGGUUAGAAGAAGCAUAUAAUUUCAUCUCUGAGAUGCCAAUAAAACCAACUGCAAGUGUCUGGUCUACCUUGUUAAGGGCAUGCAAGGUCCAUAAAAAUACAGUGUUAGCCGAGGAAGUUGCCAAAAGAAUCUUCGAGCUUGAACCUAGGAGCAUGGGAUCUCAUGUAAUUUUAUCAAAUGCGUAUUCAUCUUCCGGGAGAUGGAAUGAAGCAGCCCGCCUGCGAAAAUCUAUGAGAAAGAAGGGCAUGAAGAAGGAACCAGCUUGCAGUUGGAUUGAAGUGAAGAACAAAAGGCAUGUGUUUGUAGCUCAUGAUAAGUCCCAUCCUUGGUAUGAAAGGAUUAUUGGUGCACUUAAUGUUUUCUCAGAGCAGAUGGCACGUCAAGGGUAUGUUCCCAAUACAGAGGAUGUUUUCCAGGAUAUUGAAGAAGAGCAGAAGAGCCAUGUGUUAUGUGGCCACAGUGAGAAACUUGCAAUGGUAUUUGGUAUUAUAAGUACACCACCUGGAACAACAAUUCGUGUGAUGAAGAAUCUCCGAGUUUGUGUUGACUGCCACACGGUAACAAAAUUUAUUUCGAAGAUAGUUGGGAGGGAGAUUGUUAUGCGUGACGCAAACCGUUUCCACCAUUUUAAGGACGGGAAUUGCUCCUGCGGGGAUUUUUGGUGAUUGAGCUAAAGGUCGGGAUCCUUUCAUGCUGUGUUUCAGACCUUGUAGUUCACUAGACAUAUAUCAUGUGUUCUUCGAGUGGGGAGGCAGUCUGUUUUUUCUGAACUUACAGUAUUACGACGAUAGCAUUUUUUGCAGACAUAAUAGCUAAACUAGAACCAUCUGAACAUCAAAACAUCAGUAUAUGUAUUGGGUCUUUUAACAUAUUGGUAUUCUAGU